AUGACGGAGAAGAACGACACGCUGUUAAAGCUCUUAGAUCUGUUGGCCAACUAUGACACCUUACUGGAACAAUUGCAGACUAGUUUUAGCGAAGGAUUUUACCAGUUAAGCCGUGCCAAUUAUCACAACAAAGAUAGCAUACGAGGAAGAUUUGGAAUGGAUUAUUGGGAUAAUACUUUUGAAGGAACACAAUUGAUCAGUGUUAGCGAAUCUGCAUUCAAUGUUGUGCCGUUCGAGUCAAGAGAUGAUGAUUUAAUAGAAAACGACAUUUCUGAUGAUGAUUUUAAGACAGAGAAGGAUCUGGUUAGACGUCGUAAGCUGCGCAAGCAGCGUCAGUAUGAAGACGGUGUAAAUGAGGGAAAGCGGCAAAUACCAAGAUCGCAUUCUAAAGAUCCAAUCCAUAUGUUUGGCGGGGUAUUGUCUGUUCCAACGUCUCUUCGACAAUCCCAAAGCUCAUUCAAAGGAAGCUUAGCAGUAAUUAUAGAAUUGACUAAUUGCAGGAAACAAAUCUGUCGUGCUCUUGAAGACUGGGAAACUCGAGGAACUCGAGACAAUUGA